CGGAAGCCUCUCCGGGUGCUGCGACAAACCUGACUUCAGGGGCCGUCGUAAAAGUGUCGUCUCCGGCGCGUCGGGCUGGCCACAGGUUUCCGCUCGCCGGGGCCGGGGGUCGGGAACUGCGGGCGUUCGUUUCCCUUAAAAUGGCGGACGAGGAGACGGACGGCGCCGAGAGGAUGGACGUCAGCCCCGAGCCUCCCCAGGCCCCUCAGCGGCCGGCCUCGUGGUGGGAUCAACAAGCUGAUUUUUAUACUGCUUUCUUACAUCAUUUGGCACAAUCAGUGCCAGAAAUUUAUUUUGCUGAGAUGGACCCAGAUUUGGAAAAGCAAGAAGAGAAUGUACAAAUGUCAAUAUUCACUCCACUGGAAUGGUACUUAUUUGGAGAGGAUCCGGAUAUUUGCUUAGAGAAAUUAAAGCACAGUGGAGCAUUUCAGUUGUGUGGGAAGGUUUUCAAAAGUGGAGAAACAACGUAUUCUUGUAGGGAUUGUGCAAUUGAUCCAACAUGUGUUCUCUGUAUGGACUGCUUCCAGAGUAGUGUUCAUAAAAACCAUCGUUACAAGAUGCAUACUUCUACUGGAGGAGGGUUCUGUGACUGUGGAGACACAGAAGCAUGGAAAACUGGCCCCUUUUGUAUGGAUCAUGAACCUGGAAGAGCAGGUACUACAAAAGAGACCUUGCAUUGCCCAUUGAAUGAAGAGGUAAUUGCUCAAGCCAGGAAAAUAUUCCCUUCAGUGAUAAAAUACAUUGUAGAAAUGACUGUAUGGGAAGAAGAAAAGGAAUUGCCUCCUGAACUGCAGAUAAGGGAGAAAAAUGAAAGAUACUAUUGUGUCCUUUUCAAUGAUGAACACCAUUCAUAUGAUCAUGUGAUAUACAGUCUACAAAGAGCUCUUGACUGUGAGCUCGCUGAGGCACAGUUGCAUACCACUGCCAUAGACAAAGAGGGUCGCCGGGCUGUGAAAGCAGGUGUUUAUGCUACUUGCCAGGAGGCAAAGGAGGAUAUAAAGAGACAUUCGGAAAAUGUCUCUCAGCACCCACUCCAUGUGGAAGUGCUACACUCCGUGGUUAUGGCUCACCAGAAAUUUGCUUUGCGUCUUGGCUCCUGGAUGAACAAAAUUAUGAGCUAUUCAAGUGACUUUAGGCAGAUCUUUUGCCAGGCCUGCCUCAUAGAAGAACCUGGCUCUGAAAAUCCCUGUUUUAUAAGCAGACUAAUGCUUUGGGAUGCAAAACUUUAUAAAGGUGCCCGUAAGAUCCUUCAUGAAUUGAUCUUUAGUAGUUUUUUUAUGGAGCUGGAAUACAAAAAACUCUUUGCUAUGGAAUUUGUGAAGUAUUACAAACAACUGCAGAAAGAAUAUAUCAGCGAUGAUCAUGAUAGGAGCAUCUCGAUAACUGCCCUCUCUGUUCAGAUGUUUACUGUCCCGACCCUGGCCCGACAUCUUAUUGAAGAACAGAAUGUUAUUUCUGUCAUUACUGAAACUCUGCUAGAAGUUUUACCUGAGUACUUGGACAGGAACAAUAAAUUCAACUUCCAGGGCUAUAGCCAGGACAAACUGGGAAGAGUUUAUGCAGUAAUAUGUGACCUAAAGUAUAUCCUGAUUAGCAAGCCUCUAACAUGGACAGAAAGAUUAAGAAUGCAAUUCCUUGAAGGUUUCCGGUCUUUUCUGAAGAUUCUUAGCUGUAUGCAGGGAAUGGAAGAAAUCAGAAGACAAGUUGGACAACACAUUGAAGUAGACCCUGACUGGGAGGCUGCCAUUGCUAUACAGAUGCAGCUCAAGAAUAUUUUGCUCAUGUUCCAAGAAUGGUGUGCUUGUGAAGAAGAUCUGUUACUAGUGGCUUAUAAAGAAUGUCACAAAGCUGUAAUGAGGUGCAGUACAAAUUUCAUGUCUAGUACCAAGACAGUAGUACAAUUGUGUGGUCAUGUUUUGGAAACCAAGUCCUACAGAGUAUCUGAGGACCUUGUAAGCAUACACCUACCACUCUCUAGAACUCUUGCUGGUCUUCAUGUACGUUUGAGCAGACUAGGUGCUGUUUCAAGACUGCAUGAAUUUGUGCCUUUUGAGAGCUUUCAAGUAGAGGUCCUAGUGGAGUAUCCUUUGCGCUGUCUGGUGUUGGUCGCUCAGGUUGUUGCUGAGAUGUGGCGAAGAAAUGGGCUCUCUCUUAUUAGCCAGGUUUUUUAUUACCAGGAUGUUAAGUGCAGGGAAGAAAUGUAUGAUAAAGAUAUCAUCAUGCUUCAGAUUGGCGCAUCUAUGAUGGAUCCCAACAAGUUUUUGUUACUGGUACUUCAGAGGUAUGAACUUACUGAUGCUUUUAACAAGACCAUAUCCACAAAGGACCAGGAUUUGAUUAAACAGUAUAACACAUUAAUAGAAGAAAUGCUUCAGGUCCUCAUCUAUAUUGUGGGAGAACGCUAUGUACCUGGAGUGGGCAAUGUCACCAAAGAGGAAGUCAUAAUGAGAGAGAUUACUCACUUGCUUUGCAUUGAGCCCAUGCCACACAGUGCCAUUGCCAGAAACCUACCUGAGAAUGAAAAUAAUGAAACUGGCUUGGAGAAUGUUAUAAACAAAGUGGCCACAUUUAAGAAACCAGGUGUGUCAGGCCAUGGAGUUUAUGAACUGAAAGAUGAAUCCUUGAAAUACUUCAAUACAUACUUUUACCAUUAUUCCAAAACACAGCACAGCAAGGCUGAACAUAUGCAGAAGAAAAGGAGGAAACAAGAAAAUAAAGAUGAAGCACUUCCACCGCCACCUCCUCCUGAGUUCUGUCCUGCUUUCAGCAAAGUAAUCAACCUUCUCGACUGUGACAUUAUGAUGUACAUUCUCAGGACCAUAUUUGAGCGUGCAGUAGACACAGAUUCUAAUUUGUGGACAGAAGGAAUGCUUCAAAUGGCAUUCCACAUAUUGGCACUGGGCUUGCUGGAGGAGAAGCAGCAGCUUCAGAAAGCUCCUGAAGAAGAAGUGACGUUUGAUUUCUACCAUAAGGCUUCAAGAUUGGGAAGUUCAGCCAUGAAUGCUCAGAACAUACAAAUGCUUUUGGAAAAACUCAAAGGAAUCCCUCAAUUAGAAGGCCAGAAGGACAUGAUAACAUGGAUACUCCAGAUGUUUGACACAGUGAAGCGAUUAAGAGAAAAAUCUUGUUUAGUAGUGGCAACCACUUCAGGUUUGGAGUCCAUUAAGAAUGUUGAGACUACUCAUGAUAAAGAAAAAGCAGAACGGAAGAGAAAAGCUGAAGCUGCUAGGCUACACCGCCAGAAGAUCAUGGCCCAGAUGUCUGCUUUACAGAAAAACUUCAUUGAAACUCACAAGCUCAUGUAUGAUAGCACAUCAGAAAUGCCAGGGAGAGAAGACUCCACUAUGGAGGAGGAAAGCGCUACAGCAUUCAGUGACUGCUCCAGAAUUGCACUGGGUCCUAAGCGGGGCCCAGCUCUUACUGAGAAGGAGGUGCUGACAUGCAUCCUUUGCCAAGAAGAACAAGAGGUGAAACUAGAGAACAAUGCCAUGGUGUUGUCAGCCUGUGUCCAGAAAUCCACCGCCUUAACCCAGCACAGGGGCAAACCCAUAGACCUCUCAGGGGAAACCCUGGACCCUCUCUUCAUGGAUCCAGACCUGGCAUAUGGAACUUACACAGGAAGCUGUGGUCAUGUAAUGCAUGCGGUGUGCUGGCAGAAGUAUUUUGAAGCAGUACAACUAAGCUCUCAGCAGCGCAUUCAUGUUGACCUGUUUGACCUGGAGAGUGGAGAGUACCUGUGCCCACUCUGUAAGUCUCUGUGCAACACUGUCAUCCCCAUCAUUCCUGUGCAGCCUCAGAAGAUCAACAGUGAAAAUGCAGAGGCACUUGCUCAGCUAUUGACCUUGGCACGGUGGAUACAGACUGUUCUUGCCAGAAUAUCAGGUUAUAAGAUGAAGCAUGCUAAAGGAGAGAUUCCAGCAGUUCCUGUCUUGUUUAAUCAAGGAAUGGGAGAUUCAACUUUUGAGUUUCAUUCCAUCCUGAGUUUUGGAGUUCAAUCUUCGGUGAAGUAUUCUAAUAGUAUCAAGGAAAUGGUCAUUCUCUUUGCCACAACAAUUUUCAGAAUUGGACUGAAAGUGCCUCCUGAUGAGCUAGAUCCACGAGUGCCCAUGAUGACCUGGAGCACCUGUGCUUUCACCAUCCAGGCAAUUGAAAACCUUUUGGGAGAUGAAGGAAAACCUCUAUUUGGAGCACUUCAAAAUAGGCAGCAUAAUGGUCUGAAAGCAUUAAUGCAGUUUGCAAUUGCACAGAGGAUAACCUGUCCUCAGGUCCUGAUACAGAAACAUCUGGUUCGUCUCCUGUCAGUUGUUCUUCCUAACCUACAAUCAGAAGACACACCAUGCCUUCUAUCUGUAGAUCUAUUUCAUGUUUUGGUAGGCGCUGUGCUAGCAUUCCCGUCCUUGUAUUGGGAUGACACCGUUGACCUGCAGCCUUCAUCAGUCAGUUCUUCAUAUAACCACCUGUAUCUCUUCCAUUUGAUCACUAUGGCACAUAUGCUUCAGAUACUUCUUACAGUAGACACAGGACUCCCCCUUGCUCCAAGUGAGGAGGACAGUGAAGAGGCUCGAUGCGCAUCUGCUUUCUUUGCGGAAGUUUCACAGCACACAGGCGGCUUUGUUGGCUGUAGCAUUCCUGGCUGGUACCUGUGGGUCUCACUGAAGAAUGGCAUCACCCCUUAUCUUCGCUGUGCUGCAUUGUUUUUCCACUACUUACUUGGGGUCACCCCACCUGAAGAACUGUUUGCCAACUCUGCUGAAGGAGAGUACAGUGCACUCUGUAGCUAUCUGUCUUUACCCACAAAUUUAUUCAUGCUUUUCCAGGAAUAUUGGGAUACCAUAAGGCCCUUACUGCAGAGGUGGUGUGCAGAUCCUGCCUUACUCGACGUUUUGAAGCAGAAAAGUGCUGUGGUCAGGUACCCUAGAAAAAGAAACAGUUUGAUCGAGCUUCCCGAUGACUACAGCUGUCUUCUAAAUCAAGCCUCUCAUUUUAGGUGUCCUCGGUCUUCAGAUGAUGAGAGAAAGCAUCCUGUCCUCUGUCUUUUCUGUGGAGCCAUCCUAUGUUCUCAGAACAUUUGUUGCCAAGAAAUAGUGAACGGGGAAGAGGUUGGAGCUUGUAUUUUUCAUGCACUUCAUUGUGGUGCUGGAGUCUGCAUUUUCCUGAAAAUCAGAGAGUGCAGAGUGGUCCUGGUGGAAGGAAAAGCCAGAGGCUGUGCUUACCCAGCCCCUUACUUAGAUGAAUACGGAGAAACUGACCCUGGUCUAAAGAGGGGAAACCCACUUCAUUUAUCUCGGGAGCGAUAUCGGAAGCUGCAUUUGGUCUGGCAACAGCACUGCAUUAUUGAAGAGAUUGCUCGGAGCCAUGAGACUAAUCAGAUGAUAUUUGGAUUCAACUGGCAGUCACUCUGAGCUACUCUGCCUCAAGACAAUCAUGAGUGACAUCAAUAAUAAAGGCUGAUUGAAAAUUCCAGAGAACUUUCUGAGGACGGGGAAGUAUUGGAGAGUCUUUUGAUCCAUGACCAGAUUCGCAUACAUUAAUAAAAUGGAAUAUUGCUUUUAAUUAGCAAACAUAAGCUUCAAGGGAAAAACAGAACAUAGAUUAAUCUGUUUUGUGUUCUAGAACACUAAAGAAAUGCUUGUUCACCCAAGUGUCUAUUUCUGCUAAUAUUUCCAGAAAACUCAUUCCCUUUCAUAACUGUCCUAUUUCAUUUCUUAAAUGAAGUCACAUCAAGCACUUGUGGACAUUUAUAUGUCUGGUUAAAGUCUCUCCUGAGUAUAAUUCAACUUGCAUUAGAUCUCUGACAAGAUGCUGAUCACCUGUGAUGGCCUAAAGAGCAAUUACAGAACUAUGCAGUAUCUUUCAACUGAAAAAGGUUUUAAAAGUGUGAACCAUUUUAAGGAAAUAUCUUUACUGUACCACAUACGGCUUCAGCCAGAAGCAGAUCUAGUUCUUUGUAUGGACUGAGCAUGGGUUGUACAAGGCUGGAGAGCAUCUUGCAAUAUAGACCGAAAGGAUUAGGAGGAUGUGCUCAUUAUGCAUUCCUUAUACAAAAACCUGUUCUCCUCACCUGACUCCAGAUAGCAAGUUGUCUGUUCCAUUUUCCAAAGGCAGGUUUCUUCAGUGAGACCUCUUGUCUCUUGUGGCCCCAUCCAAUUGGACUCUGAGAAACUUUUGCUGUUCUGAAGCAAACUCUUUGUAGAAUAAAAAUCAGAGAAUUGACUCAGUGAAUGCUCAUUUAAACUGAAAUUAGAACAGUCAUAUUUAAGCCAGUCUGAAGCCCUCUAUGGCUUCUAAGAGACAGAUCCUAGAUUUGAUGUCUGUGUGAAAACUUUGGUAAACUAUGAUUUAUGACUGACAGAAACAGGCCCCCCCCCAAAAAAAAAAAAAAAAAAAAAAA